CUCCGCCUAGCCGGAACUUGCAGACGCGCCAGACGUUGUAGGGGCUGUGUCGCUGUUGAGGAGACUCGACGGGUUUGGCCUUGCGGCAUUUUCGCACUCGCUAACAGGUCAAAAUGCAAAUCUUCGUGAAGACCCUGACCGGCAAGACCAUCACCCUGGAGGUGGAGCCCAGUGACACCAUUGAGAAUGUUAAGGCCAAGAUCCAGGAUAAGGAAGGCAUCCCCCCUGACCAGCAGAGGCUCAUCUUUGCAGGCAAGCAGCUGGAAGAUGGCCGCACUCUUUCUGAUUACAACAUCCAGAAAGAGUCCACCCUGCACCUGGUCCUGCGCCUGAGGGGUGGUAUGCAGAUCUUCGUGAAGACCCUGACCGGCAAGACCAUCACCCUGGAGGUGGAGCCCAGUGAUACCAUUGAGAAUGUGAAGGCCAAGAUCCAGGAUAAGGAAGGCAUCCCUCCCGACCAGCAGAGGCUCAUCUUUGCAGGCAAGCAGCUGGAAGAUGGCCGCACUCUUUCUGACUACAACAUCCAGAAAGAGUCCACCCUGCACCUGGUCCUGCGCCUGAGGGGUGGUAUGCAGAUCUUCGUGAAGACCCUGACCGGCAAGACCAUCACCCUGGAGGUGGAGCCCAGUGAUACCAUUGAGAAUGUGAAGGCCAAGAUCCAGGAUAAGGAAGGCAUCCCUCCCGACCAGCAGAGGCUCAUCUUUGCAGGCAAGCAGCUGGAAGAUGGCCGCACUCUUUCUGAUUACAACAUCCAGAAAGAGUCCACCCUGCACCUGGUCCUCCGUCUGAGGGGUGGCUGUUAAUUCUUCAGUUUGGCAUUCAUAGUGCCAGUGAUGGCACUACUCUGCAUUCUAGCCAUUUGCCCCAAUUUAAGUUUAGAAAUUACCAGUUCAGUAAUAACUGAAUCUGUUCAAAAUGUUAAUAAAAGUUUUGUUGCAUGGUAGCAUA